AAGCAGUGGAUCCGAUGAUGAAACGGUGAUGGUGAAAGGGUGCGCCUCUCCCCGCCCGCGGCGGACGCAGGGGGCGUAGAAACAAGCUCCUCCUCCUCCUCCUCCUCCUUACCCAUUUGCCCCUGUUGUAUUUCCCAUCCUCAGCACAUCAUGAGCCUGGACAGCAUGUUGACCAUGUUGAACACGUGGCUGUGGCAGGAGAAGUACUGGCUUCCUCCUGGCAUCCGCUGGCAGGACACUGAGAUGGACAAUGAGGAAGGUCGCUUUCCUUUGCCCAGGGAUCUCCUCAUCGCUUUGCCACUGGCCUUUGCCUUUAUAAUCCUAAGAUACGUAUUUGACAGGAUCAUAGCCAUUCCAUUAAGCAAAUGUUUAGGGGUGAAGGAUCAGAUUCGGAUUCAAGCUCCACCUAUCCCAAAACUGGAUGCCUUCUACAAACACAUCAGCCGGGAGCCAUCACAAAGUCAAGUUGUGAGCCUGGGAAGGCAGUGUGGACUCUCUCAAAGAAAGAUUCAAACCUGGUUCAGACACAGAAGAAACCAAGACCGACCCAGCAACACCAAGAAGUUCUGUGAGGCAUCUUGGCGGUUUGUGUUUUACCUUGUUGCCUUCACCGCAGGACUCUGCUCGCUGAUUGAUACUCCCUGGUUCUGGGAUCAAAGUGAGUGUUGGAGGGGAUAUCCCAAACAGCCUGUGGCAAAUGCUCACUACUGGUAUUACAUGUUGGAGCUGAGUUUCUAUUUGUCCCUGCUGCUAAGCGUCUCUGUGGACGUCAAGCGAAAAGAUUUCAAAGAGCAGGUGGUGCAUCACAUUGCCACUAUAUUUCUUAUCUGUUUCUCCUACUGCGCCAACUAUGUGAGGGUUGGUACACUGGUGAUGCUGGUACAUGAUUCAUCCGACUUCCUGCUCGAGUCUGCCAAGAUGUUACACUACGCCGUGAUGACCAGGAUAUGCGAUUCACUGUUUGUCAUAUUUGCUGUGGUCUUCCUGGUUACAAGACUUGUGGUGUUUCCUUGCAGAAUUGUCCACACCACAAUGGUGGUAUCCAUGGAGUUCUUUGAGCCUUUCUUUGGUUAUUAUUUCUUCAACGUACUGCUGUUAGUGCUGCAAGCUCUGCAUAUCUUCUGGGCGUACCUCAUUCUGCGCAUGGUCUACAAGUUUGUCUUCAAAGGAGUGGUGGAGCGAGAUGUGCGAAGCGAUGAGGAGAGUGAGGGGGAUGAACAAGAAGAGGAACCUGAGCGUGAGCGCAACUCUGCGGAAAGGAAGGAGACAAUCAACUCCAAACGGACAUCUCUGGCCAACAACUGUGUCUUAAACAACCUGACCAACCAGAGGAAUCUAAACAGCAGACUGCAUGAGAUAAAAUGAGGAGUUAUUCUUACCGUGGAAAUGGAGAAUAAGAGACCACAUCCCACUGAUCCUCCUUCACCAUGUAUCUCUGAAUUCCUGCAUAGACAUCUCCAUUUUCAUCUAGACCACAUGCAACAUAAAUACACAUUCCCAGAGCAGCAGUGGCAGCCCUCUCCACUGCUCUGGCCAUGGGGCUCAACCCCUCCCACCCCUCCUCUGACCCCAGGAUUAACCUCUCUACAUCAGCCACAAGCCCUUCGUCCAUACUCCCACCCAGGACGUACAGAGUUGAAUCCAGCCCGAUGGAGCAGUGACUGUGUCUGGACUUCUGCAUGGCAGGGCCAUCCAGCCAGCGCUCAUUUUCACAGUCGUAUAUCUUGACCCAGUCCACACUGAACCACAGCACAUCCCUGAAGUAGCCGCCCGUCACAACCACAUUGUUGCCUAAAAAAAUGUAAAAAUACAUAAAAGUAAAUCCCAAAUAGAAAAAGUUGUCAGUCAUAUAUUGUAAUGUUUCAAUAAAUCAAAUAUUUUUUAUUAUGCCUUG